UCGCGGAGCCGCUGCUACGUGUAAUAAUCACAGGGAGGAAGGGGCCAAGAUGGCUGAGAAGAAACCAAACGCCAACUUGCUCUUCUCGUCCGACACCGACUUCAGCUUCCCCGUGCCCUUCAUCCCCGUCAGCCAGGCCCAGGCGGCGGACUCGAGCCUUCUCUCAGCCGCAGAUGAAUCAACAGAUGUUGGUGAGGAGGACAGUUUUGUGGGUCAAACAUCUGCUUCUAUGAGCCAUCCACCAGCCUUCAACUAUUUUUCUCAGACAGCAACCAACAAUGAUCCUUUUGCAAAUAUUGGACACCAUCCCUGUACAACGGCAACACCACCUGCAAGGACAGUCGCAAGCUCAAAGGCUCCAGCUGAUGUACCUGUAGCUUCUUCAGCACAUUCUGUGCAGGAUUCCUUUGCAUUUCAGAGCCCAUCGUCUCAGGCUGGCUUCAUGACGCCUCCAGUCUCUCAGUAUGUCAGUACAACCUAUCAGAAUAAUCAGCCUGGAAUUUCCGCAUCCACAGCUUUCACAUCUGUCUCCUCGCCUCAGACCCAGCAGAAUUAUAAUCCUUAUCGCCAAAUUUCCCAGAGCUAUCGAGCCAGUCCUCACCUUGCUGCUCACCAGCAUCAACAAAGCCCAUGCCAAGGUCAUCAACACAUGCCUCCAUUUCAGUCUGCCACACCAACUGAUCAUCUUUACCAGACACCUCCAGUUACUCCACCACAGGCACCUUUCGGGCAAAGUGUAUCAACGCUUCCUCCUCCUAAACCUAUAUCCUCAGCAUUACAACCUUUGCUGAGCCUUCCACAUAACUUCUAUGAGCCAAUACGACCCCACUGGUUCUACUGCAAGAUGGUAGAGGGAAAUCCAAUCUGGAUGCCAUUUAGUUUUCUGGACACUGCAAACCUUGAGGAAGUUUAUAACUCUGUACAACCAGACCCUGAAAACCUAGUUGUGUCAAGUGAUGGUGGUCGUUAUGACAUUCAUUUGUAUGACCGCAUGCGCAGUGCUGUGUACUGGGAAGAGGAGACAACUGAAGUGAGACGAUGCACGUGGUUUUACAAGGGGGAUUUGGACAGCAGGUUUAUUCCUUACUCUGAGGAUUUCAGUGAAAAAUUGGAGGGAGAAUAUAAAAAGGCUAUAACUACCAACCAGUGGCAUAAGAGACUUGAAUUUGCCAGUGGAGAAACCAUUGUAAUGCAUAAUCCAAAGGUAAUAGUUCAGUUCCAUGCUUCCGCACUGCCAGAUGAAUGGGGAACAACACAAGAUGGACAGACCAGGCCCAAAGUGGUCAAGCGUGGGAUAGAUGAUGAUCACGAUGUAAUUCCUGAAGGAGAGGUGCCACAAGUUAAUCAUCUGGUUUUCAUGGCACAUGGUAUUGGACCAGUCUGUGACUUGCGUUUCAGAAGCAUUGUUGAAUGUGUUGACGACUUCAGAAAUGUUUCUCUGAAACUACUGCACACACAUUUUAAAAAAGCAGUUGAUGAAAAUAAAAUCACGAGAGUUGAAUUUCUUCCAGUGCAUUGGCACAAUGCUCUUCAUGGAGAUGCCACAGGAGUAGACAGGCGUAUCAAGAAAAUCACAUUGCCAAGUAUAGGUCGCUUGCGUCACUUUACCAAUGAGACAUUACUGGACAUAUUCUUCUACAAUAGCCCUGCAUACUGCCAGACAAUUGUGGAUAAAAUGGUUGCUGAAAUCAAUCGACUUUAUGCUCUCUUCUUGAGCCGAAAUCCUAAUUUCAAAGGAGGAAUCUCCCUUGCAGGACACAGCCUGGGUUCUCUGAUCCUUUUUGAUUUGUUGGCCAAUCAGACGGGUGGCUCUUUGGCUGGUGGUCCCACUCAAUCAGCUCCUAAUGGGACUGUGAAAGAUUCAACAAGCCCAGAAGAACCCCAGGACCAGAACUGUCAUGAUGUUGAAGAUUUCAAUGAACUGAAGGAUGAACAAGAGGAUGAAUUCCUGUCCUUAUCAGAAGCAUUGGAAUCACUCAGUCUCUCUGAGUACCUUGCCACUUUGGAAAAAGAAAAAAUAGACAUGGAAUCAUUGCUCAUGUGUACGGUGGAUGACUUGAAGGAAAUGGGGAUCCCUCUUGGACCAAGAAAGAAAAUUACCAAUUUUGUAAAAGAGAAAGCAAAUGAACAGGCAAAGAAAAAAGCUGCAAUGGAGAAGAAGGCAGCACUAGAAGCCCUGAAGAAAACACAGCAAGAGGCAUCACAAAAGAGCAAGGAGGAAGCUGUCAACACAGGCUCAUUAGCUGCAGAAAAGCAGGGCACGUUGAAGAGAGUACUAUCAUAUGGUGGAACCGCCAUUUCAUCUGUCAAAGUGCAUUAUGACCAUUUUGAAGCUGGUGCUGGCCAGGUUUCCGUGGCUUAUCAUGGCUUGGAUUUUGAGCCAGACAACUUCUUUGCCUUGGGUUCUCCCGUCGGUAUGUUUCUCACAGUGCGUGGGCUGGAGAAAAUUGAUGAAAACUACAGACUACCAACCUGCAAGGGAUUUUUCAAUAUCUAUCAUCCAUUGGAUCCGGUUGCAUACAGGAUAGAACCCUUGAUUCUCACCGAUUUGGAUAUAAAACCAGUCCUUGUACCACAUCACAAAGGCAGAAAGAGACUACACCUUGAGUUGAAAGAAAGUUUGUCCCGCAUGGGUUCCGAUUUAAAGCAAGGCUUCAUCAGCUCACUGAAGAAUGCCUGGCAGACACUGAAUGAAUUUGCACGUGCCCACACUUCUUCAACUCAGCUACAAGCUGAACUAGAGAAGGUAGCCAACCAAAUUAAAGAAGAGGAAGAAAAGCAUGUGGAGGAAGAGCAAAAGAUGGUGGAAAGUCCAGAAUCUUUGAAGGAUGAGGAUUCAGCCGUGAAGAUUGGAAUGCUGAAUGGUGGCUACCGCAUUGAUUAUGUUCUACAGGAGAAACCAAUUGAGAGCUUCAAUGAAUAUCUAUUUGCUCUACAGAGCCACCUAUGUUACUGGGAAUCAGAAGACACCGCUUUGUUGUUUCUUAAGGAGAUUUACAAAUCUAUGGGCAUCAGCCCUGAGCAGCCACAACAUUGAUGGCCAUGGGGCAAAACUGUAUUUAUCUUGGUAAUACUGGUCAUCCGAAGUGCCACCAGCUCUGUUGAACACAAUGUGAUUUUAGAUCCUCGAUUGAAAUCAGUAGUCAUAUCUUUUAUUCGGACAAUAGUAUUUAUGCAGCCUGCAUCUAUUCUACAAUAUAAAGCAACGGACUAUAGGCAAACAUUUUCCUUUGAAAAUACAAUUUGAUUUCAUUCUCAUCAGUUCAGAAGAGUAUUGUGUUAAUGAGGGAAUGCAACUAUCUUUUGAGAAAGCUUCCAUUCUGAGUUGCUAUUCGUUAACCACCUGAAAUAACUUUUAAUGUUGUUUUCAGAAUACUUGCCUAUCUGGGUGGAACUGAUGAAACAUAUUAUCCCCUCUAUUCCCCAAUAAAUCAUUCCAUCCACUGUA